CCACAAUGCAGUGUGAAACGAUGGACGCCAGUAGUGUAGCGAGCGCGUUGAGUGUGGAUGUUCGACCCAAGGAGGAGCAUGAGGAGGGCGGUCCCCAUCAGGAGGAACCCCUGCGAUCCCUCAGUCCGCAGAGUCAGACCUCCACCGUCGCGUCUUCCUCUUCCGGCAGUCCGACGGAGGCGCGGGAGGAGAUGGUGUUCGAGGAGGAUGAGAAGUGCGUGCAGGGCGGGUCGUACCUUAAGGCCUCCACCCACCACGACUCCAUCAUGACGGACAGCGGCAUCUCCGAACACGACGCCACCGAGUCCGAUACCUCGUCGGACUCCCUCGGGCAUGAAGAGGAGGUGACGGCGGAACCUCAGGAGCCCUCUCUGAAUGCGGAGGCAUACCAGACUCAGACAGAAGCCCUUGCAGAAGGGGAAGGUAUUACCGCGACGUCGGAAGAAACGGAAGACAUCGACAGGCUAGACAGAUCGUGGUUUGAUCCGUCGUCGAACGAUUUCUUCAUCAACAGUGACUUAACAGAUAACAGUAACUUCGUGGCGGAAUUCGAGCCGCACAAAGAAAUCUUCGACGAGUUGAGCAGCCCGAGAGACGAGGCGAGCAAGAUCCGAGUCAAGCAGCGGGCGACGAGCAGGAAUCACAAGGCACGGCAAGCAGCAAAGGGCGACAUGACCUACGACCCGGCAGCGUGCGACGCCUACGCCCCUUGCAAGGUGGAUGACUGCAAGAAGACGAAAGUAAAGGCAAGAAGGAAUGAGGAUUUUGACGAUCUUCUUUUGGCGUCUGAUGGCGAAAUGAUCGGAAGAGAAGCCUUCUACAUGGAGGUCUUGUCCCCUCUCGCGGAAAUCGAGAAUGAGAUGUCGAUAUUCGAUUAUGAAUUUGAGAUGAGGGACGACUCCUGGGGCACGGAGACGAACGAACCCUACUUCGACGUGCGAACCGGCCAGAGGAUCCUCUCCACGAUAUACGAAUUCGAAGUCACUUCCGACGAAGAAGACGACGAUGACGACGUCCCGUUCGCGCUGUCGAAUUUCCGCGUCGAAGACCACCUUCAGAACAUCAAAACAAACAAAACGAGCGAAACGGGGAAGGGGGAGGCCUCUCAAAUCGACGUCUUGCGAGUCAACAGUGAUGCAGCAACAAAUGGGAGGGACGAAAAUAUCCUUGAUAACAAAGCUAUAGAAUUCAGUGAUGACGUACCACUCCCUGGCCGUGAGAACAAGGAAGUGGAUAAGACCCUAAUAACAGACUUAACAGUAGACAGAACGUGUGUCACUACAAAAAAUACUAAUAAAAACGUCUCUCCUGAUGAGCAAAAUCACAACGGCGAAAUUGAUGACCAGGUAUCCUGCGCUGGAAAGCACGAGGUGCGCCCAGCCACCGAGAGGUUAUGCAAUCUCCCGAGCGACGAUCACGAGGCAGCGAAGGCCGUCAGUGCCACGCCGAUGCGCGAGACGCCCGGGGAAUCAGAAACAGACUCGUCUGCACACGCACGUCGGCGGGAUAGCAGUGAAACUGUUAAAGCAAAUGGAAUGGCAGAUUUUGAAGUAAAUGGCAUUGGUGGUCUUGCUUCCUCCCAAAACUAUGCUAAUCCUGAAAAGUCUAGUCAUGCUGAGGACACAGAUUCGAGAGACGCUAAUUUAGGAAGAAAGCCAAAUACGGACGAGUUUGUUAGCGGCAGUAGAGAAUGUGUAAGAAAGCUAAGUAACUUUGGGCCGAACCCAUUGUUAGUGUUGUCCACACCGAGUGACGAGGAGGACGGGGACGGUGUAAACUGCUUCGGACCAAACCCCGUGCUGGUAUUAUCUCCCGGCAGUGAGACUGCAUCAGGCUCUGAUGUGAUGACGCAAGAGCCCCAUGACCAGCCGGCGGGUGAAUAUUCAUCAGGGAAGGACGUAAAUAGCAGUAUGGAGAGUCCCAGGGGUGAAGCGGGGGCAUGCUACCUCCCCCCUCUGGGCGGGGAAGGGCACCCCGAUGACGAAAUGAGCAGAGGUGGGAAUAUUGGCAACGCCCCAGGCGUCGCGGGUCUUGAGGAGUCACUAGUUAGCGACGAGCGCCCAGAGGAAGGCGUAAGGGAAACGAGGGCUCCUGACAACACCCCAGUUCAGGAAGGGUAUGCUGACCACUCGCCGCGGGUGAACGAGUGCGCUGACACUACCCAAGCAACCAAAAAAUCGGGAGUUUUAAAAAUUCGUCCGAACGACGCAGCAGGAUGCAAGGAAUCGGAGGACAUCAUAGCGGCGUGGGACAGCCACAUCCUGCAGCACCUCGAGAAGGACAGUCAUAGAGACGUCGACUUUGACAUUUUCAAAGUUGAAUCUGACGUCUUUGAGACUUCCGAAAACAUUACGACAGACUUGGAAAAACAAAACCGUUUCGACGAGUCUGUUUCUCAGGCUGUGUCCAAUGGUAUGCCAGGUGGUGUCCAGAAUAAAUAUGAAAACAAUGACAAUUCUACAACACGUGAGGGAGAAUAUACAGGUGUAGAAUUCGUAGACACGGGAGAUAAAGGUGGAUUUUCGUCAGUGUCAGAAACUAUGGACGAAAGAAAAUCUGUGCCAGUGUUAGAGGGAGCGAAAGAUGCUAUCGAUGAGCUAAAGAAAACUAGGAACAAUAAAGAUGAAGUUGAUAUAUCGUCUGGAGAGAGACUAAUGGCUGAGAAUAACACCUUGGGCAUCACGGGGGAGAAUAAGCAAACGAAGGAAGAGAAAAGAAACCAGGAAAAGGAAGGAGAUAAGGAGGAAGAAGUAGACAAACAGGGAGAGGAAAUGAAGGAGGAGAAAGAUGAAGGAACACAAAAUGAGGGGAAAGAGUGUAGACAGGAAGAAGAAAUAGUCAAAAUGGAAGGGAUGGAAAGGCAGGAAACAAAGGAAGAGAUACUGCAGGAUAGAGAGGAGAAACACGGGGAUGAUGGCGAAAAUCAAAUCAAAGAGGGAGAUAAGGAAGAAAGAAAAGACAAUGCACGGGAUAAAAUAGAAAUUCAGGAAGAGAAAAUAAAGGAGAAUGAAAACGUGGAACAGAACGAGAAUGAAAAUCAGAACGUGAUGAAUAAGGACAGACGCAACGACGACAACAAGAACACACAAGAGGAAGAUAAGAAGCCGAACGAACACGAGGAAGGUAAACAAGAGCAGGAAAAACAAGGGAGGCGUGAGGAGGCGUUAGAACACGUCCCUCAGGGCUCCGAGGGGGAUAAGGAGGCCACUGAACAGGAUGUUAAGAAAGUAGAAAACGAUGCCAGCAAUGGGCCGCCGACGUCUGAGGGAUCGGAAGAAAGCAGUCCUGAGGAGAGGAAUCACCAGCCUCCUUCAAGCGAGGUCGAGGUGGAGAAGCGUCUUGAUGCUGACGAAGGCGCAGCAGAGGAGGUCGAUUUGCCAGGGAAGGUACAGAAAUUUCAUGUGCUGUUGGGUAACUUAGCUAAUGCCGAUUUCGAGGCACUCCUCCGCGCGAGGUAUUCUGAUUACGACCCCAACAAGCCUCCUCCAAAGCCAAAGAGGUUGUUUUUAAGGCGCUUGUCCAGCGAUCCUAAUAUGAAAGACAACAUGGCGCAGCAGGUAGAAAAUGACAAAACUUUGGCUGCCAUCCAGAAUAGCCAAGCCCCAAAACCCCCCAUGAGAGUAAAGAGAAGAAAGCAAAGUCCUAUGCAGGCUUCCCGUCCUCCGCCUUCGCAGGAUAGACCAGUCCCCCCUGAAGCCUCACUCGCAAACGAAAACGACGCCCCGGAGACGAGAGAAAACGGAGAUUGUGGGUCAAGUUCGUCGAGUGUUGUCGGGUAUGAGGAGGAGAUGGGAGGAGGGGGAGGGUCAACCUCCACCCCCUCUACCCUGGUCGAUACCCUGGGUAUACUCUCUGUCGCUGUGCCAGAACCACGUGAGGGAAGUAAUGGCCGCCCUGAAGCGAAUGUUAAGUGUUCGGGUAAUGAAAGGGUCUUGGAGUCAUGUGAGGCCGGCACGAGGACGAUGCACGGAGAAUAUUUAGAAGGAGGUAAAAAGGAAGAGGGAGAGGAAGGAGAGCGAGAGAGGGAGUAUGAAGGAAAGGAAGAGCGAGGAAGGAAGGAAGGUGCUACACAAAAAGAGACGGAAGAAAGUCCGCCCACGAAAGGCAAAGGAGACGAGAAAUUAGAAGAGAAAAUAAAAUACGAAGACGAACCACCCGAGGGAGACACCAACAACGUCGUCGAGGAGUUAAUGGACAUCAUCAGUAGUCUUGAUGACGACAGAAACCCUCCCCCGAGCGUGAUAAACGAGGAUAACAGAGAUAAGACUUCAUCUGUUUCUUCUGAACUGACGCAGAACAGCCCCGACGCGCCUGAUGCUGCUUGUGCAACGUCUGCAAUGAACUUGAGAAACACAGAGGCGAAGGAGAUGUGUGUUGAGGCGAGUAGUAGAGAGGGAGAGGUUGAGAAACAGCCGGCCGUAAUGGAGGGUGAGAUUGCGACACAUGGAAAUGAGAAAAACACGGAAGGCAAGGUCGGAAUAGAGAAUGAGGAUGAUAACGAGGGUAGAGUCAGAGUCGAGGGGAAUGAAAAGAAGGAGGAGGAGGAGGAGAGGCAGGGUGCUAGUCAUGAACCAAUUAAGUGUGACACAACUCUACAUAAUCCCAUUAAUGAGGGACGUGACGAGGCCUCCCAUGAGGCUCCCCGGCCUCCUGUGAGGAAGAAGAGAAAUCCGUCCAUCCGCUCGGCUCGCGAGGGGGCGCCGGCGACUCCCCCUGCGCCCCGCGACAACCAGGAAGCGACUCCGCCGCCGGUCCCGCUACGAACUUACCGGGGAUACUCGUCCCUUCCCCGACCUGCCAAGAGCCAAAGCAGGUCCUCGCCCACGCCCCACGACGCCCGCGCUCCCCCCCGCACCAAGAGAGUGGCGAGAUCUGCUUCUACAGCCACUUGUAGCAACAGGCCUCAGGUCACGCCCAGACUGACCGCCUCCGCCUCCGGGUCACCUCAGAUGCGACCGGCGUCGGCGGACAGAGGCAGCAGCGACGCAGACUCAGUGAAAAAGGUCCACAUCACUUCACUGGUGACGCCCCGACUCAGGCGCAUCAAGACGUUCCUCGUGACGCCGGUCUCGCCGAAUGAUGCGCCGAGGAAAACGUUCCAGAUCAGCCCGUGUCUAUCGCAGAGCGCCCCCUCCGUCCGAGACAGCCCGGAUGCACAGAAAAGCGCAGCUCAAGAAGCCCCAAUAGAGCCCCAAAACACGAACCAGGACACCCCAGACAAACACCAAGAUGUAAGCCAGGUCACUCCAGCCAAAAUGACAGAGGUCACUUCAGAGGACACCUCAGAAGUCAUCUCCGAAAACAUCAGUCGCGACGUGAACUCUAGCACGCCCGAGCAGACCCGCCGCCACCUCCGUGUCAAGUUGCCGGAGGAGCCCUUGCCGAGGAGAGGGCCCGGCAGCGGCAUCCAGCGCAAGAACACGCCGCACAUCCGAAAGCGUUACCACACCAUCGCCGACGGGACGACAGGCCAGAAACGCAAGAGGGAGAGCUCUAUAAAAAGGGACGGGUCGCUCAGGGCAAUCAAGUACCUCACGCUGCCCAACACCGUCCUCAAAAAGCUGAAAAACAAUUCGAAGAAAGAGGAGGCGGCGCCUAUUUCAUGUCUGCCAAGGAUCUUCGGCCGGAAGCAGAGAUCUUACGACAUGACGGGCUCGGUGUUCUCCCGAGCCGAGAUCCCGGAGCUAACGCCGGAGAACGACCCACAGGCUGCAGAAGGCGCCAAGAACGCCUCUCGAUCUCCCGAGGGCUCUGAAGAAGGCUUCUCCACCAUCUUCAACUUCUUCACCGCCUUGGAGUUCGCCGACGACAAGGAGAGUCGACCGCCCAUAUUCACGGACGUCGAAUUGCGUUGCAUCACGAAGGACGGCCAGAAAAGGAGCAGUUACCCCUCGUGCGACACUCCGGAAGUGCCCAAGAGGAAGCGCAAGAAGGGCCUCGACUCCCCGAUCUUCGACAUAAAGGCCCUCAGCACCGAGGGGAAACCAGAGGAGGUCACUUCCUCCCCUCAGACGGAAGAGCCCGAACCCACCACGGCGGCCGACGACAAGGCGAGCGACGACGGCAUCCGAAACGACCCGCCAACCCACGACGAGGACACGCCUUCCUCCCAGGACGCGGCGACCGACCUCCCCCUCGGCGAGCUCUCGAAAGACCUCUUCGACGACAGCGGCAUAGGGUUAGGAUUAGGCGAGACCGAGGACGAGGACGCGCCCAAAGGAAUCCCCAUCCCUCCCGCCGACGAGCCGCCCGCGGUGCAGAUACAGACGUGGGCGGAGCGGCAGGGGCAAAGGGGCCUCGAACUUCCCCGUCUUUACCUCCGUGGGCUGCCCGAGGAGAAGGGAGCCAAGGUUGACCUCAGUGUAGCCAUGGAGGAGGAGAGCGAAAGUGAGGAAGAAGACACUCCUUCUCCGCCCGCCUGUGGAACCCGAGAAGGAGGACCACCACCACCAGGACGCCCCGGGGGAGAAGAAGAGGGAGGAAGACAGGAUUCAGAAGGACAGGUGUAUCGAAGUCUACCCUGAAACCGUGAGACAGCGACAGAGGAACAUGAUGGCGUCGUCAAAUAAGGUGGACAUCAAGAACUGGAACUCGGGCGUCGGCAGCGAGAGCAGCCAGAACAGCCCGUCGAAGGUCAAGAAGUUCCUGCCGUCCGUGAAGGCGCUGAGGAACCAGUUCGAGACCGGCAAGACCAGCAACGGCAAGGC